CACCAACGCCUACCCCAGAAACCCCCUGCAUUUUCAGUUUGUCCUCCUCUCCAUCUCGGCGACAGUUCCCUUCCACGAUUGCCAACUCGCCGCCUGCACCUCCAGCGCGAUAGUCACCAUGCGAUACAACCUUUCGCUCCAUCUGCAGCUACGAGCUGGACACAACCUCGACGCCUAUGACGAGUUUGUCUACACCCGGCGAAUCCUCCACCACAGCAUCCGCAAGGCUUUGCGGCAGCUCAUUUGUUUCGCCGACCAAGUCUCCACCGAGGAGGACAUCGCCAGCUUCCUCGAAUACCUGCACGCCUUUCUGGUGCACUACGUCGGGCAUACCCACUACGAGGAAACCGUCGAGUGGCCAGUGCUCCAGGCCUAUGUCGAUCUCAGCUUUGCCUACGAGAGCCAGACCAAGAUCCGCCAAACCGUGGCGCAACUCCUCCAAAUCGCUGGGGCUGGCACCUCGCUCUACAACCCCACCAAAGCAUACAAGUUGCUUCGCGAGCUCCGGCUGGCGAUCGAGCCCAUAAUGAUCCACGAAGAUACCGUCAUUCAGCCCGACGUGCUUCGGGACAACUUUAUGGUCGAAGAACUCAAUCGGAUCGACCCGCUGAGGCCCUUCUUUGACAAGAUGGCCUCGCCGCUCUCUUACCGCGGCAGCCCGCUGUCGUUCCUCUACCACACCAUCGACCGACGCUACCAGACUGACUGGUUCAAGCGCCGGUUCCCAUCCUGGCUCACGAACCUGGUCCUUCCUGUGGCCAUCCGCCGUGACGCAAAGAUCUGGGGCAAGCUUCUUCUGACCAUCCCGCCAAAGUCGGUCGUCUGAGUCUGUCCAAGCCUUCUCCCAUCCUUCUUCUUCCGGAGCAUGCUGCCUCCACACGGCUCUUGCCGGAUCUGGGCCGGCUGCUUCUCCCCAGCAUCAUCAGGUUUUCAGCCCCACUGGAGCCAUUCGUCAUCUUUCACU